AUUUUUAUUCUCAUCACUCCUCCAUAUAUACAUUAAUGUAAUUGUUUUACCUAUCUAUAUGGUGUAAUUUUCUAACGAAGGGGUGUUAAAUGACACCUCAAGGACAAGAAUGACUCUAUCAUUGGUCGAACAAAAAUCCUCGAUCACACGCAUUAUCACAUCUUAUCUAGAUCUAAGUACAAUCUAAAAAACUUUGCUUUUACACUAUAUGUUUGCUCUAUAAAUAGUGCACUUUGAGGAUCUUAUUUUCACAUCAACCAAAAUAAGAAUACCGAAUAAUCUAACUCACUAUUCCUCUCUCUUUCAAUGGCAUUGAAGGUUGUAAUGGUGUUGUUCCUUGCAAUGCUUGUGUUGACAGAGCAUAAUGCUAUGGCCCAAGAAACACUUGACCCAAUAUGCAUGGCAAAGUGUGUAUUAAAGUGCGGAAAAAAAGCCUGGUGCCUAGCUAAGUGCGUUGCCGGUUGCGUUUUAAUUACGAACACAGAUGAAUCAGUUGAUACUGAGGUUGCAACUCGUAACCAUGUUUGUAAUAUUGGAUGUUCCUUUGGUCAUUGCUCCAAGUUUCUCGUCCAAUAUGAUAAUGAGAAGUUUGAAAGUUGCAUGACAAACUGCAGUGAGAAGUAUUGCUUUGACAAUGCUCUAGAGAAAGCUGCAGCUUAAGAACAAGUUCCAAUAUAAAUAAGUCGAAUUAUGGCCACUAAGUAUGUGUCUAUGACACUAUGUUAUGUACUAAAGCUACUAAAUGCUUUUGUGGUUGUAAUUUUCUAUGUUAUGUGUGUAAUUGUGUUGUAUUAAAUAAAACUCUAGUGCUUCCUACUAAAGCACUAAAGAAGUUAUUUCCGAUAA